GGACGUUGACAAGUGGAUCCAAGAUGGCGUAGAAAGUAAUGACAGGAAUUGGAUGAAGUAAUUCAUCACUAAAGAACUACGGUGCUGGUGAGAUGUGUAAGAAAUUAUAAAGAGCUCUGAUGGGCUAUUUGGGUGAUACCCAGUGCAGUGAGCUGCAGGAUUUUUGUCCCUGAGUCAUGGAAGACAGAAGAGCUGAGAAGUCAUGUGAACAAGCGUGUGAAUCACUUAAGAGGCAGGACUAUGAAAUGACCCUCAAGCACUGCACAGAGGCCCUCCUUUCUCUUGGCCAGUACUCCAUGGCCGACUUCACAGGGCCAUGUCCACUGGAGAUAGAAAGCAUCAAAAUUGAGAGUCUUCUUUACAGAAUCGCCUCGUUUUUGCAACUGAAAAACUAUGGGCAAGCUGAUGAAGAUUGUAGGCAUGUGCUGGGGGAAGGCCUGGCCAAGGGAGAUGGUGCCUUCCAGGCAGUGCUUUGCUGCAUGCAGCUGAAGGGAAAGCUCCAGCCCGUAUCCAGCAUUCUCGCCAAGUCACUGACGGGAGAGUCCCUGAAUGGGAUGGUAACAAAAGAUUUGACAAGACUAAAAACACUUCUCACAGAAACAGAGACAGCAACUAGUAACGUCCUCUCUGGAUAUCACGUGGAAGACUUGGAAGGGGGAUCUUGUAAUGGUUGGCAUUUCCGCCCACCACCUAGGGGAAUCACAAGCAGCGAGGAAUAUACUUUGUGUAAAAGAUUUUUAGAGCAAGGAAUCUGUAGGUACGGGGCCCAGUGUACCUCGGCACACUCCCAGGAGGAACUAGCAGAGUGGCAGAAAAGAUACGCUUCACGGCUGAUAAAACUGAAACAGCAAAAUGAGAAUAAACAGCUCUCAGGCAGUUACAUGGAGACCUUAAUAGAAAAGUGGAUGAAUUCAUUAUCUCCUGAGAAAGUGCUUAGUGAAUGUAUAGAAGGAGUGAAAGUAGAGCAUAGUCCUGACCUGUCGGUUACUGUCAACACCAAGAAGUCUCACCAGACAUGGACCUUUGCUCUUACUUGUAAGCCUGCAAGAAUGCUGUGUCGGGUAGCGCUGCUCUAUGAUGCGCAUCGUCCUCAUUUUAGUAUCGUUGCAAUAUCUGCCGGAGAUAGUACCACCCAGGUGUCGCAGGAAGUCCCGGAGAACUGUCAAGAAUGGAUAGGAGGAAAGAUGGCCCAAAAUGGAUUAGAUCAUUACGUGUAUAAAGUCGGGAUAGCAUUUAACACAGAAAUCUUUGGAACUUUUCGCCAAACCAUAGUUUUUGACUUUGGAUUGGAACCAGUACUCAUGCAAAGAGUAAUGAUUGAUGCAGCUUCUACAGAAGAUCUUGAAUACCUGAUGCAUGCAAAACAGCAGCUAGUAACCACGGCUAAGCGUUGGGAUUCUUCUUCUAAGACUAUUAUAGAUUUUGAACCUAAUGAAACUACUGAUUUGGAGAAGAGCCUUCUUAUCAGAUACCAAAUUCCUCUCUCUGCUGACCAGCUGUUUACCCAGUCCGUUUUAGACAAAUCAUUGACCAAGACCAACUAUCAGUCACGGCUGCAUGACCUUCUUUAUAUUGAGGAGAUAGCCCAGUAUAAAGAAGUCAGCAAGUUCAACCUUAAAGUGCAAUUGCAGAUUCUAGCAAGCUUCAUGCUCACGGGAGUUUCUGGAGGUGCAAAGUAUGCUCAGAAUGGACAACUUUUUGGUCGCUUUAAGCUUACUGAAACACUUUCUGAAGAUACUUUGGCUGGACGGCUGGUGAUGACCAAAGUCAAUGCUGUUUAUUUAUUACCAGUCCCUAAAGAGAAGUUAGUACAGACCCAGGGAACCAAAGAGAAGGUUUAUGAAGCUACUAUUGAAGAAAAAACAAAAGAAUAUAUAUUUUUAAGGAUAUCCAGGGAAUGCUGUGAAGAACUUAAUCUUCGGCCUGAUUAUGACACACAGGUUGAACUUCAGUUUCAAUUAAAUCGAUUACCCCUCUGUGAAAUGCAUUAUGCUCUAGACAGGAUCAAGGACAAUGGAGUUUUAUUUCCAGACAUCACUAUGACUCCAACCAUACCUUGGAGUCCCAACAGACAGUGGGACGAACAAUUGGAUCCCCGGCUAAAUGCAAAACAGAAAGAGGCUGUUCUGGCCAUUACAACUCCUCUUUCAAUCCAGCUGCCUCCUGUCCUCAUCAUUGGACCCUAUGGGACAGGCAAAACGUUCACUCUAGCUCAGGCCGUCAAGCACAUUCUCCAGCAGCAGGAGACGAGCAGGAUUCUCAUUUGCACCCAUUCUAAUAGUGCUGCUGAUCUCUACAUAAAGGAUUAUUUACAUCCAUAUGUAGAAGCAGGCAACCCCCAGGCAAGACCUCUCAGGGUAUAUUUCAGAAAUCGCUGGGUAAAGACUGUCCACCCAGUUGUGCAUCAGUACUGUUUGAUCUCAAGCGCACAUUCCACCUUUCAGAUGCCACAGAAGGAAGAUAUUCUUAAACACCGAGUGGUGGUUGUUACAUUGAAUACUUCCCAGUACCUCUGUCAGUUGGACCUUGAACCUGGGUUCUUUACACACAUUCUGUUAGAUGAGGCUGCCCAGGCCAUGGAGUGUGAAACCAUCAUGCCUCUAGCAUUAGCAACUAAGAGCACGCGGAUUGUCUUGGCUGGUGACCACAUGCAGCUCAGUCCUUUUGUUUACAGCGAGUUUGCCAGGGAGAGAAACCUUCAUGUUUCAUUACUUGAUCGACUCUAUGAGCAUUACCCUGCCGAGUUUCCGUGUAGGAUCCUCCUAUGUGAGAAUUACCGCUCCCAUGAAGCUAUCAUCAAUUACACCUCUGAGCUCUUCUAUGAAGGCAAACUGAUGGCCAGUGGAAAGCAGCCAGCACACAAGGAUUUCUACCCACUAACUUUCUUUACAGCACGAGGGGAAGAUGUACAAGAAAAAAAUAGCACAGCUUUUUAUAAUAAUGCAGAGGUCUUCGAAGUGGUGGAACGUGUGGAAGAGUUGAGGAGGAAGUGGCCAGUAGCAUGGGGGAAGUUGGAUGAUGGCAGUAUUGGUGUGGUGACACCGUAUGCUGAUCAAGUGUUUAGGAUACGUGCCGAACUUCGAAAAAAGAGAUUAUCUGAUGUUAAUGUAGAAAGGGUGCUAAAUGUUCAAGGAAAGCAGUUCAGAGUUUUGUUUCUUAGCACAGUACGUACAAGGCAUACUUGUAAACACAAACAGACACCAAUUAAAAAGAAAGAGCAACUGCUGGAAGAUUCCACGGAGGAUUUAGAUUAUGGUUUUUUAUCUAACUACAAACUUCUCAAUACUGCCAUCACCAGAGCACAGUCUCUGGUUGCUGUGGUGGGCGACCCCAUCGCCCUCUGCUCCAUCGGAAGAUGCAGGAAAUUUUGGGAGCGGUUUAUUGCCCUGUGUCAUGAAAAUAAUAGCCUGCAUGGAAUCACUUUUGAACAGAUCAAAGCUCAGCUAGAGGCUUUAGAACUAAAGAAGACGUAUGUGUUGAAUCCACUGGCACCUGAAUUUAUCCCCCGGGCUCUAAGACUGCAGCAUUCAGGAAAUACCAACAAACUGCAGCAGUCACCCCCCAAGGGGAAGAGCCUCCAUCAUACCCAGAACGACCAUUUCCAGAAUGAUGGAAUUGUUCAGCCCAAUCCUUCUGUACUUAUUGGCAAUCCUAUUAGAGCAUAUACUCCUCCACCCCCUCUUGGACCUCACCCAAAUUUGGGGAAAUCUCCAAGCCCUGUUCAGAGAAUAGAUCCUCACACUGGGACAAGUAUUCUUUAUGUACCUGCUGUCUAUGGAGGGAAUGUAGUUAUGUCGGUGCCUUUACCUGUGCCAUGGACAGGGUACCAGGGCAGGUUUGCAGUUGAUCCUCGGAUCCUUACACACCAGGCAGCGAUGGCCUACAAUAUGAACCUCUUACAGACACACGGACGGGGGUCUCCCCUACCGUAUGGCCUUGGGCACCACCCACCCGUCAGCAUAGCCCAGCCACAAAGCCAGCAUCAGGAGAAGGAUCAACACGAGCCAAGUCGAAAUGGUAAAUGUGAUACCAAUAAUCCUGGACCUGAAAUUAAUAAGAUUCGAACACCAGAGAAAAAGCCUACAGAAUCAAAACAGAUUGAUUUGGAAUCAAAUCCACAGAACAGAAGUCCUGAGUCUCGUCCUGGUGUUGUUUAUCCCAAUACCAAAUUUCAUCGCAAAGAUAAUCUCAACCCAAGACAUAUAAACCUUCCCCUCCCUGCUCCCCACGCACAGUAUGCAAUCCCCAGCCGUCAUUUCCACCCCCUCCCCCAGCUGCCCAGACCACCGUUUCCAAUCCCGCAGCAGCACGCCUUGUUGAGUCAACAGCAGAAUAAUUUGCCUGAACAACCAAAUCCAUUGCCGCCCCAACCAAAUCAGGUGGUCCCGCCACAGAAUCCUUUGAAUCAGCUGACUCAGCAGCCACCUCCGCAGCUUUCUCCAGCCUAUCAGGCGGGCCCUGCCGGUGCGUUCUUUAACAGUGCAGUGUCCCACCGACCGCAGUCCCCUCCCCCAGAGCCGUCUGUUCCUGAGCAGCCGCCCCCGCCCAUGCUGCCCGAAGGCCACAGCCCUCUGCGGGCCAUUGCCCAGCCCGGCCCCCUCCUUCCUUCACAUCUGAAUAACUUCACUGAUGAGAACCCCCCAGGAUUGCCAAUUGGGGAGGCUUUGGAUCGCAUGCAUGGGGGUGUGGCUCUGGAAACACUGAGGCAGCAGCAGGUGCGGCUGCAGCAGUGGAACGAGCAUCACGCCUAUCUCAGUCAGGGCAGUGUUCCGUACCCACACCACCACCACCCACACCCUCCCCUCCAGCACCUUCCUCAGCCGCCCAUCGGGUUACAUCAGCCGCCAGCGAGAGCAGACUGGAAGCUGCCAGGCGCUGCCGAGGACGGAGCAGAAGCCCCCGAUGCCAGGUUUCAAGACUUAAUCAGAGAACUGUCUAAUCGUGAUCAAAGUGAAACACGGGAACUAGCUGAAAUGCCACCACCUCAAUCAAGACUUUUGCAGUAUAGACAAGUUCAGAGCAGGAGCCCGCCAGCAGCCCCGCCUCCCCCGUCUGGCACAGAUCACAGUGGCCACUUUCCUAACUUUAAUGACAACAGCAGAGACAUUGAAGUAGCCAGCAACCCAGCAUUUCCGCAGCGCCUGCCGCCCCAGAUUUUCAGCUCGCCUUUCUCCUUGCCAUCUGAACACCUUGCCCCCCCUCCCUUGAAGUACCUGGCACCCGAGGGGGCGUGGACUUUCGCUAACUUACAGCAGAAUCACCUAAUGGGGCCGGGCUUUCCCUACGGCCUACCUCCCUUGCCUCACAGGCCACCGCAAAACCCUUUUGUACAAAUACAGAAUCAUCAACAUGCUAUUGGUCAAGAGCCAUUUCACCCACUGUCGUCUCGAACAGUAUCUUCUUCUUCGCUCCCUAGCUUAGAAGAGUAUGAACCCAGAGGACCUGGUCGGCCCUUGUACCAAAGAAGAAUCUCAUCUAGCUCAGUCCAGCCUUGUUCUGAAGAAGUAAGCACUCCUCAAGACAGUCUUGCUCAGUGUAAAGAGCUUCAGGACCAUAGUAACCAAUCUUCUUUCAACUUUUCAUCCCCGGAGUCCUGGGUAAACACCACCUCAUCUACCCCCUAUCAGAACAUUCCGUGUAAUGGACCCAGCAGGACAGCUCAGCCCAGAGAGUUGAUAGUUCCACCACCCAAGACCGUCAAACCCCCUGAGGAUCAGCUGAAGUCUGAGAACCUCGAGGUGUCCAGUUCCUUCAACUAUAAUGUGCUGCAGCAUCUCGGCCAGUUCCCCCCCCUCAUGCCCAACAAGCAGAUCGCGGAGUCGGCCAGCAGCAGUAGCCAGCAGGGCGCGGGGGGCAGCAAGCCUGCCAUGUCCUAUGCCAGCGCUUUGCGGGCCCCUCCCAAGCCCAGGCCCCAGCCCGAGCAGGCCAAGAAGAGUAGCGACCCUCUGUCUCUGUUCCAGGAACUUAGCCUGGGGAGCUCAUCAGGCAGCAAUGGCUUUUACUCCUAUUUUAAAUAAUCACUUUUUUUCCCCCCUCAAGGGCGAAUGUUUUGAUUUCUGUUUGUAUGAAUAGAAUUAAGAUAGUUGGACUUCAUCUGUAGAUGCACAGUUCCCUUUGUUUUAAUAUUAAAUAUGUUCUCACUUAAUUGCUUUGCUGCUAGACUUGCAACUAAUUUUUUAAAAGUAUAUUCCAUUAUUUUGCAUUUUUGACGUGAGUCUUUCGACAGCUUUUAUGUAGAAUAAAAAUAUUUUUAAAUUUGUGUAUUGUUACAUAUGUUUGCAUCAAGCUAGCAGCUAAGAGUUAAUUGUGAAACUAUAAAAAAAAAAGAAAAAAAAACUUUGUCUAAAAUGUAUUUAAAAAGAAAAAAAAUUGUAAGUAGCAUUUACAUUUAUUCAAUAAUAUUACCAUAUGCUGGGUUUCUGUACCAGAAAUGGCCAGUUGAUGUACAAAUGUAUGUUAUUUUUGCUUAAAUUCAUUUAAAAUUUUUUAAAAUAAAGGGGCAGCAUCUUCUAAAUACUUUAAGUUUUAUCAGUUUUUGUUUUUUUUUUUUUUGGUGACAAGAUGCUGCAUUCUAAAACUUUUAUAGUUUUAGACUCUGUAUGAUGUGCUGUUGUAAUCUCCAUCCACUGUAGGAUAGAGUCAAAGGCAUUCUUUGCAGAUGUAUUUUGUAUGCCACUGUUUUUUGUAACAUGAAAAAACAUUGGCAUAGUUAGUUAUUUUUUGGACAAGCUGUACUUCAAGCUUGUUUUUAACGUUAAUUUGAUAGUGAGUGUGUGUGUGUGUGUGUGUGUGUGUGUGUGUGUGUGUGUGGUUUUUUUUUUUUAAACAAAUCAUGAAGCUGAAAAAUUUUUAGGAUUGUUGGUGCUUAGUAGACUUGAUAACUAUUUUAAAAAUGCGUGAAUUUAGUAAAAUCCUUUUUUUCUCACUAUGCAUGUGUAAAUGUUUGUAAUCUGGCUUUCUCCCCCUCCAGUGGUAUAAAGAAUUGUGCCGCUUUAAGGUUUGUUUUUCUUUUUCCCCCUCGAGUAAAAAUUUUGGUACCUUAUUUGAUGUUUACAUUAAAAUGUGACAUUACUCAUGGCAAUUCAGAUAUUUUGCUACCUGUUUUGUUUAAGGAACAUCAUUAAAAAGAUAAUGUUUGUCCAACAUGUAUCAAAAUUCAUCAAAAUCUGGGGCAAAAAACUACCCUUGUUUUUCAUGUCUUUGGAUUCUUACAAAAUAAUCCCGCUGAACUUGUAUACAAAUACAAAAUUUAAGUAGCCAUCUUAAAUAUUCUACAGUCUAAAAAUGGUUUUGAAUGAACUUUGGGAGAAUCCAAAGGAAAACAUUUGCCCUCUUAAAACUUGUGAUCUUGUAACUCCCUUGAAACAGCGCAUGCCCUUAUUGUUUUCCUGAUUGAGUAGCUCUACUUUCUGUACUUCAGAGAGAUCUUGAAACUACAGUAUAACUUUUUGUUAUUGUUGAUUUGUUUUGUUUUGAAAUAAGAUAAAGUCUGGAACCAUUGCUAGUGAACCAGUGAAUCCUGAUGACCCAUUCAGACAUAGUUUUCUGGAGGACUCCUUUUGAAUAGGCCACCCUGUAUUCACAGGACGGUUUUUGAAACGGGGUUGAAAAGUGGUCCCAGGGGUAAAGAAGACCCUCACAUCUCUUCCGUGGCGGGAGUUUUACUGCUGUCGGCCAGCCACAGCCCCUGUAAGCCUUAGACAGUGUAGGAGAAGAGAAUGCCUUUAGUUAAGGGUUCGCAAGCCUGCAGGAAGAGGAACAGCCCCUGUUUUCUUCGGUUCUGUCCUUCUGCUUAGAGCGAGGGCUGUGGGUCUCCCUGUGAGGCCGCGGCUGGAGGCCUGUGGGCUGGAGACGUGGUAAUAGUUCGUAUAAACCACAGCUGGAAAGCAGAGGCAGCAAGUUACAGCACCACAUGUUCUCUGUGUGAUGUCAGACCUUUAACUGUGUCACAUUUUCCGCAACGUAACUGUAGUCACAAGGAGUUUUUGUAUUUCGACUCUAUGACGAAACUCGAGAUAGAGCCCAAAUUAAAAUUAGAUCUUCCUGAUGGGAGGAUGUCUGUGAAAAAUCAUUUUCCAACCAUGAUUCUUCUCCCCUGCAAUGCAAGUCAGAUAAAUGUUUAAGAGCAUUUUGAGACUAUGAAGACAGACUUGGCAUGUCAAGGCUUUUAGUUAAUUCCUUGUCAUGGAGUAAUUGCCUGAUUUUCUGUUUUCCAUACUUGAACCUUUAAAAACAAUAUCAGUUUUAAAUUAUUUGUAUUUAUAUUUAAAGAGGUCAGGUGCACACCCCACCACGUUAUGUAAAGAUACCGAUGUUGGAAGCCUGGGAGAAGGAAGCUGCUAAGUUGUUGUGACGUCCCUGUUUUAAGAAGUUAUUUACAAAAAACUAAAAAUAUUAGCUACUUAUUAGUUCCCCGCUCUGCUGUGACCCAGUGUUCCUCAUCUUCUAGUUCUUAACAGGGGAGCCAAGGAUUUGGAUAUUGUUUCCAUCUCCUGCCCUUUCAGAUUCUGUUUCGAAUGUGUGUGCUAACUCAUUUACUCUUCCUCGGUGUUACUUCAUGCCGUCUUUCCGGCCGGGCUUUGAAUCUGUUAUUUAUGCGUAACAUGGCCUGAAGGAUCUGAGCAAGUCUUAACCGCAGGACUCGUAAGAAGGUUCUGACUCGUAAGUUUCUGUUGGGAUGAGGCGUGGCUUCCGAGUACUGCUCCCGCUGCUUGGGUGGUACCACUCCCGCCGGCUGGGUGCUCCUUGGGUAGGAAUUAGCAAGCGCCCACAAAGCAGACUGAGCAAACAACUGACAUGCUAGAUUCUCAACCUUAGUGUUCAGAUGGAACUGCCUUUUUUUUUUUUUUUUUUUUUUUAAGAAAACUUGAUGUUAGCUCUUGGAUGAUACCAAGUAUUACCAGCUUCCUUUUCUUCCAGUACAGUUUUUUUUUUUUUUUUUUAACGCAUCUCGCUUUUUACUUUCAGUGCUACUUGAGAUUUGGUGGAUAGAAUUUAUAGAGUAUUUGUGCUAAAGUUUUUUUUUCUUUGCUGAUCUAAAAAUAAUAUUUUUAAGAUUUGAAAAACCUCAUUCAGUGUGACGUGGGUAUUUUCUGGUGUUGCUUUUCAAAGGGGCUUUGGUUCCUAUUUUGGCACAUGCUUUGCCAAAUUGUUACAGCAGAGCUUUGUUUCUGAUUAAUCAGUAGUUAAUUAUUGACCGUUUAAACUAACGUGACCUUAAUUUUCCUUUCCUCAGACAGAUAACGCUUUCUAUCCAGGUCAUUUUGUAUAUGUGAAAUAACAAACUGCUCUGCGUGGUUUUUUUCAUGAGAGAUUCUAGAAUAAGUUCAGGUUCGGUGUAAACAUCAAUUGGUCUUUGCAGUUCAAAGAAUUGCAGAAUAAGUAAAAUAAGCAGAAUUCCCACUGAAUAAGCAUUACCUAAUUAAACAUAGCAAUCUCCAAGACCUAUUUGUGAAAAUAGUUCCCUUGUUUAUGGAGGCGUUGAAAUUGCUGAGAAAGCUAACUGAAUUUCCUCACUUUGAGACAGUUAACAUAUAGUCUUAUCUUGUUCUAGUGUAGUUACUUUACAUGUUUAAUAUUUUUCAUGUAUCUGCAUCUUGAGAGCAAAACCAUAAGUAUAUGAGAAUAUAUCUCUAGCUCCCUUGCUAGAGAGAGCCACCCUGGCCUGAGAGCCAGGGUGUGAACAGUUUCAAGACAAAUUUUAGAUUUCAGCUGUUGUUAUUAAGAAAAUCAGAUUUACUGAAAUAGUCAUUUAAGAAGAGACACCUGUUAUACUUAGAUAAUGUUUCACAUUGGAGUUGUCCUUAAAAAGGUAAUCCCAGAAAAAGUUUAAGAACACAUGACUGAAACCUUAAAUAUACUGAAAGAUAUAAAUUGCUGCCUUAAAAUGUUGUUUAGGCUACUGUCCUUUUUUUUUUUUUCCUUCUAACCCCACAAAGGUAGUAAUUUGUCCUUUAUGAUUUACCGUGAUUUAUCAUCAUUUCUUGUGAGCCGCCCCCCCCAACAUAAGAGAACCCUUAAUUUCUCCCACCACCCUUUGUGUCUUCCUAAAUCUCAAAGCAAAUGUAUUAAUAGAUCUGGUUUUUCUCUCCCCUCUUUGCCACAAACUACCCAAUAACUAGAAAUCAUGGAUAACGUUCUACGAUUUCUUGUUCAGACAUAGUGACGUUGUUCUGUUAUAAAGCUACCGACCGUCAUGGCAGAGUAAAGGGCAUGCCAGUCUUCCGAGUGCUCGUUCUACUAGGCGUCUCGCAUUUCCCUUCUACUUGAAGUUGGAUACUUAUUUGCUGAGAUUUUACUGUAAAGCUGCUAACUUCACACUUAACUACUUUCAUACAUCUGUUUAAUUAGCAGUUUCAAGACCGUUGUUAAAAGGAGUGAAUCUUACUAACAUUUAACAUUCUUCUAAGACACAUUCAGAAAAUGUAUUGUUGUUACUUUAAACUAGAACAUCAAACAUUAAAAAAGUGAGACAUUUUUAAUGUAACGUUUGAGAUUUUAGAAAUGAUGGAACAUAUCUACUUUGGAAUAAACUUUAAGGAAACAGUCA